UUAGAAUAUAUAUUUCUUAAAUCUUGUCCAGAAAACAUACCAAAAUUUUUGAAUUGUAAGAUGGACACACCUAAGAAAACUAAGAAUUUCAGAAAAAUAAUAGAAGCCCUAGCCAAGGGAGACAUAUCAACUGUUCUUGAGUACUCAUCACCGGAAAUGGAUGAAACCUUGCCUGAUACGGCAUUCGUUGUGAAUUUAAAAGAUUAUGAAUCUGAUUUUGUGCUUGAUUCAAGGUCAUUUUGCUAUGGCCCACCUGCCUCAAAGGCGGUAGGUAAGCCGAAAUCAGUAACAAAUUCGAUACCGGCGGAAGGAACUCAACAGUCGCGUGACGUUUUAGAUGAUGAUUUGAAUUUAGAUCUUUUAUUUCACACUGAUCAAGAAGUCCAACCAGUUGCAGGAAAGAACCAGGGAGGAUGUGCACAGAAGAGUUUACCAAAAACAAAGAGGAGGUCAUCCGGUCUGUGUUUAAAAGGGUCAGUUGCGGAGUGUUUCGAGGAGACGACAAUUGGUAACAUUUUAUGGGAGUAGUUCAGUUAAGGAUCUACAGCUGAAGUUUGAAGAUUCUUAUUUCAUUUAAACUUCAAAAAAACUAUUGAAAAACGUUUUUAAGUGGGAACAUAUUUUCGAAAUAUGGAUAAAAAAAAAUAGAAGUCUUAUAAAAUUAAACUUGAUAACAAUCACAGUAUCUUCGCCUACCGGAGUUAAAGCAUUUGAGGUUUCUUUUUUAUUGAUGUACACUAAAAACGCAAAGGAGUGAAGCUAUUUUAGAAAUUAGAAACUUUUAGAAAUCUUUUGUCGCUGUUGGUGUACUCAAAACUCUUAAUUAUUAUUAAAAAUUAAAAGUUCUUAUUUACAAUUUAAAAAGAUUUCA